AUGCUCGUAUCCACCCUCAUCGCCCUUUUGACCCUCUUCAUCUCCACCACCGCCUCCCCCCUCCUCCGCAUGCACGCCCGCGACGACGCCCCCGGACCCUACACCAUCGUCCUCCACCUCGGCAAAGACUUCCGCGCCACCUCAGGCCGUACAGGGAUCGGCACCACCGGCGCCUCGCACCCCUGGGGCGAUCUCGCUACCGACGCCGUCAACAAGAACAUUGUCAUUCUUGGACUGGGCGAGCUCGAUAGUCCCUCGGACGGGACGGACAAGGCGCCGAUCACGCGGCAGAUCGUGUUCUACAUGGGCAGCUAUCAGCUGGUGGCUACCAAAGAGUUCAUCGAUGUGCACGGUAUCUGUACGAUGCAACUCCUCGACUCGACCAAGAAGAUGAACGGUACCGCUGACUUUACACUCUCAGACGCUGAUAUCACCAAGAGGCUGCGAAGCAAGCAGGCGCUGUUCCAGAUGUCCGCCGACGAGAGGUGGCAAAGGUCCUUAGUUCGUCCAUCCCCACUUACCCCAUGUUUGUUAGGAUUACGGGGAUCCCUGAGGCGGACAAACAGACGUCGUACUCUCCAUUCAAGUAGGAGCCGAGUAGGAGACGCGUCGGAGACGUGUCACGUCGUCUGCGUACACCAAGUGCCAGCCUCAAGCACUAAGACCCCGCCCGUACCUUUCUUGGCACGCACUCGAGCUGGGCCUACGCAUCAAGCGCCAAACCCCCCUUCCGAAGAUGCGGGUAUCCUCCAUCACCAGCAGAUCACGCUCGUCGGCGGUUCCUACCUGUUCGACGAUCUGAGCUCCACAUGGCCAAAAGAUAUACUGGACGUGAAACGCAAGUCGUUCAUCAUGUCCGGCAUAGGCACGCUCAAGAGUACCACCGAAGGCGGAUCGGAGCAGCUGCCCACUACCGGACACAGCCUCGACUACGCUGGCAUGUACUACCCCCUCAACUCGGUCGAGGCCAAGAACGUGACAGGAAAGAGCGCUCGCACUGAUCCAUCCACGGUGCAUUAUCGAGUUGGUGGACAAGUCCAAGCCGGCGUCGGGACAGCCUUGCUUUUCGCUCUCGGAGGCACAGAUCGCGCGGGCUGUGACUUACAAUACCACUUAUCAUCAGGCUCCAGCAGAUACGAACGUCGACAUGUCGGAGAAGAUACCGGAAGUGGUAACUAUCAGUUAGCUAUCGAUAGGCUAUCAGUAGGUCGGCUGGAUAUCGAUAGCUUGUCUGAAGCGUGUCCCAUCUGGACUGAACUCCUGACAGGCUCCGGAUCCAUUGAUGGUUUUGAUGACACACGCACGCGGAUAUCUCGCCAUGUCGCAGCUCGCCUUCCCAGGGUUAGAUGGGCUACCCCUCCAGGGGUAAGCCUUCCUACCGCACCCGAAACCCGUCUCACUUUUGCUCCCCUUUUACCUCACACAUCCCCUUACGGACUGCUGAGGAGGUUGAAUCCUUUGGCUGACGAGACUGAUGCGACACGAAACCCCCGAGUCAACGCUCGUUUCGCACAGUGGUCCUUUGUGUGCACCUCUCCACUUGCCCCGCGUUUCGUCCCACUCCAUCUGCGUAAGAGCAGACUGGCAGUGCCCAGUAGGGCCGACGCAUUUAUAAGAGGCAUCACUGCUCGUCCCCAUUCUCCCUAUACGUGCCAAACUCAAGCUAGUCAAUUCCCGCUCGUGACUCGACGCCCUUCUCAAAACGUUCAAACGCCAAGCUUACACAUUCGACGACGAGGGUAUCUUCCUAAAAAGCGAUCAUUCAUCAUCACUCCCCUGAUUCCCCUGUUCCUCGUUCUCCGAGGCAUUGCCGCCAGGCCCGCCAACGACUUGACAGCUCGCGCCGGGAAUGAUGUCUUUGUGGACUACUAG